AGUUACCUGCACGGUAGCUAAGGGCUGGACUCUAACCAGAUAACACAGCCAUCGGUGCUUGUCAAGAAAGAAACAAGAUCAUUUAGAAAGGAAAGAUAAUUUCUCCCUUGAGUCACAACGGGACAGGAACAGAAAAGUGUUGCUGUGGUAUCUGCCUCUAAGUGCAGCCAAGUGGCUGUCAAAUGAGCCACCUCGGUCGGUGCUGGUGAAAGCCCUUGCUGACCACUCUGGGCACAGCAGAAGAGGGCGCAGCACAAAAGCUAUGCUGCUCCAACAAAACUGAAUAUGCUUUCAAUAUCUGAGCAAUUUUGAAAGGAUUGAUUUAAGUGGACAGGAUGACUGGCUGGCUGAUCUCUCUGAUGAGUGCUGAAAUACUACUUUUGGCAGUGUCUUCCCUGCGUUUCCACAUUGAGCCUGAAGAAGGUAGUCUUGCUGGGGGAACGUGGAUCACAGUCCUUUUUGAUGGUUUGCACUUAGAGCUCCUUUAUCCUACCGAUGGCUCUCAGCUGGAGAUACACCUGGUGAACGUGGUUGUGCCUGGCCUGCCGAGCAUCCCUUGUGACGUCUCUCCUGUCUUCUUGGAUUUGCCACUGGUGAUGUGCAGGACCAGAUCCCUGCUGUCUGAAGCACAUGAGGGGCUGUACUACCUGGAAGUGCACUCUGGGGGACAGGUGGUAGGCAGCCCAAGUCCAGGACCGUGGGACCGCUGUACUUUCCAGUUUUCUAGGGGGCAGACACCCAUUGUUUACCACGUUAUACCACCGAGUGGAGUGCCAGGAGAACUAAUACAUGUGUAUGGUUGGAUUAUCACUGGAAGACCAGAAACCUUUGAUUGCGAUGCGGAGUACAUUGAUAGUCCAUUGAUCUUGGAAGCUCAAGGAGACAACUGGGUCACAGCCUGCUCUCUUGUAAACAGGCAGACAGGAAGCUGCUAUCCUCUUCAGGAAGACCAUGGUUUUGGGACCCUGCAGUGCCGUGUGGAAGGCAACUACAUUGGCUCCCAGAAUGUUAGUUUCUCAGUAUUUAACAAAGGAAAGUCCAUGGUACACAAGAAUGCAUGGCUGGUCAGUGCUAAACAGGAGCUUUUCCUGUACCAGACAUAUUCAGAAAUACUAUCUGUGUUUCCAGAAUCUGGGAGCCUUGGGGGAAAAACAGACAUUAUAAUUACGGGAGACUUCUUUGACAAUCCUGCCCGGGUUACCAUUGCAGGCAUUCCGUGUGAUAUUAGACAUGUGUCUCCCAGGAAGAUUGAGUGCACCACUAGGGCUCCAGGAAAAGGUGCAAGACUCACUGCUCCUCAGGCAGGCAAUCGAGGGCUGCUUUUUGAAGUUGGAGAUGCUGCUGAGGGCUUGGAUCUGACUGCAGCCACUUCUGGGUACUGGUGGCAGAUUGUCCCUAAUGCCAGUUCUCCAUUUGGAUUUUGGUCAAAAGAAGGGCAACCCUUCAGAGCACGGCUCAGUGGAUUCUUUGUGGCUCCAGAGACCAAUAAUUACACUUUCUGGGUCCAGGCUGAUGAUCAAGCUUCCCUGUACCUCAGUCAGUCAGAGGACCCAAGGACCAAGGUGAAAGUGGCCUCCAUCAGCGUGGGCACUGCUGACUGGUUUGAUGCCUGGGAGCAUCAUGGGAAUGAAGGGACCUGGCAGCGGAAGACUCCCAAAUUAGAGCUGGUUGGUGGUACCAGGUACUACCUGGAAGCAGAGCAUUAUGGGAGGGUCCCCAGCAGGGGAAUGAGAAUUGGUGUCCAGAUCCACAACACCUGGCUGAGCCCCGCUGUGGUCAGCACUUACCUCCGGGAGAAGCAUCAGAUCCGAAUCCAUGCCCAGAGACUUCCGGAAAUCCAGAUGCUGACUCUGUCUGGCAGAAGGAACUUCUUCCUUACGUGGGACAAUGUCUCUAGCCAGCCAGUCCCUGCAAAUGCCACAGCCCAUCAGAUUCAAGUAGCUAUUGAGAAGUUACUUGCAGUCAAAUGCCAACUGGAACCCCUUUCGGCCAACAUCCUACUCUGGCUUGGAUUUGAACAAGGUCCAGAAGGUUCCAGCUUUGAGGGGGACCUCACCAGUGCGACAGAGCCCUACUGUGGGAGAUUCAGCCUCCACCAGCCUCGACACCUUGUCCUAACACCCCCGGCUGCCCAGAAGGGCUACUGGCUAGAUCGGUACACACACUUGUGCAUUGCAUACAGAGGCCACACGACUAACAUCCUGAAGGUGACUGUGGUUUUCACAACUGACUUUCAAAACUUUGUUAAGAAGAACGCCACCUGUGACUGGAGUCUCGUAGGGACCAGUCCCAACAGCUGGCAGUUCACUUGCAUUGACCUCUGGGAGUCUUGUGUGCAUCACCCUGAGUAUUCCCAGCUGCCUCUGGCAAACUCCUCUGUGUUGGUUCAUCAGAUUGACCUCUUCCCUCUGUCUCAGGAGACGAGUGGGUUCUAUGUGGAUGAAAUUAUUAUUGCGGACACAAACGUAACAGUUUCCCAGGCAGAUUCUGGAACAGCUUGCCCAGGUGGGAAUCUGGUGGAGUCGCUCUCUGUGGUGGGAUCCCCUCCGGUCUACAACGUAAGCUUUUGGUUGGCAGGUUGUGGCCAGGAGCUCCCACUCAUCACUGCAAGCUCUCUGCCCACUGAAGGUGAAGAAGAAGAGCCCAGGCUGGUCCAGGUGACAACACAGAGAAUACAGAGGGCAAGUCCACCUUUAGGAGGAUACUUCCGCAUCCAACUCCCUACUACAGUGAUUCCUGAUGUUCCUGUGAGUAUUUCAGCUAGUCACCUGCGCAAGCUCUUACAGAACAAUGCCGAUAACUUUACAUCUAGGUACCUCAACGUCAGUGACUUCACUGUAAUGCAGGAUCUGAAGUCUUGCUAUGAACGUGUGUGGACCCUCUCCUGGUCCAACCAGGUUGGAGAUUUGCCCAAUUUCAUCAGGGUCUCUGAUGAGAAUCUAACUGGAGUGAACCCUGAGGCAACCAUGCGUGUGGUCUAUGAUGGUGGAGUUUUUCUUGGACCCAUAUUUGGAGACAUGUUGGUUACUGCCAACCAGUGCACUCAGGUGGUUGUGCAUGUGAAUGACAUACCAGCCCAUUGCUCAGGUUCCUGUUCUUUCCAGUACCUUGAAGGGUCAACUCCCCAGGUCCACUCUGUGUGGUAUUCCCUUGAUGGUGACAAGGACCUACUAGUUUAUAUUUUUGGAACUAGUUUCUCUAUUGACCCUCAGGCCUUGGAUGUUACAGUGAACAAAACGAAUUGCAAAGUUAUUUUCUCAAACCAAACGAAUGUGGUCUGUCAGACACAGCAGCUACCUGUUGGAAUGCAUCCAAUCUCCAUGUUGGUGAGACCUUCUGGUCGUGCCAUAAAUGCUAGUGGUGAAGGCCUCUUCCUACACGUGGAACCAAGAUUGGAUGCUGUGGAACCUUCUAGAGCUGCAGAAAUUGGGCUCUUCAUUCCAUCUGGAAAUGCUGUUUUUAUUACAGGAGGGCUCUGGGCCACUGUCCAAGGCUCUGGUUUGGAAGAUGUUAGCCUGGUGUUAUUUGGAUCUCAGUCUUGUGCCAUCAAUAUCACCACAAACAAUUCAAGAAGAAUUCAAUGCAAAGUUCCACCCAGAGGGAAAGAUGGACCCAUUGUGAAUGUGACUGUGAUCAGAGGGGACCAUUCUGCUGUUCUUCCCAUGGCAUUUACAUACGUCUCCUCUUUAAAUCCAGUGAUCAUUUCUCUGAGCAGAAACACAAGCAGUACAGCAGGAGGUGAGACCCUCUUCAUUGGAAUGGCACUUCUGGUGAACUACACAGAUCUGGAUGUGGAAGUUUGCAUCCAGGACACCAUGGCUCUGGUUCAUGUACAAAUGGCUCGGGGUCUGGAGGUGGUGCUGCCCCCGCUGCCUGUCAGUCUCCACAGAAUCUCAGUCUCCAUCAAUGGGGUCAGCAUUCGCUCACAAGGGGUUGAUCUUCACAUCCGGUACAAUACAGAAGUUUUCAGCAUGGAGCCUUGCUGUGGUUCUCUUCUGGGUGGAACCAUCCUCAGCAUCUCGGGAAUAGGGUUCAGCAGGGACCCAGCUUUGGUUUGGGUGCUUGUGGGUAAUCGGUCCUGUGACAUCGUGAACUCUACAGAGUCGAUCAUCUGGUGUGAGACCCCACCCGCUGCCCUGCUGCCUGAUGCAGGUGUUCCUGCCCUGCCAGCCCCCGUGGAGGUCUGGGCUGGCAAUGUGUCCUUUGCCCAAGGACGUUCACCAAGCCUGGUGGGGAAGGGCUUUACCUUCAUGUAUGAAGCAGGAGCAACACCAGUGGUCACUGCCAUGAGAGGAGAAAUCACGAACAGCAGCCUGAGGCUCUAUGUGGAGGGAAAUAACCUGUCCAACUCAGUGAUCCUUCUGGGGGUCUUGAACUGUGAUCUUGAGACACAGUUUUUAAGGAACAACAUGAGCUUGUCUGGGUGCUCUUUUCCUCUUCACCAUUUGGAGGCCGGCAUCUAUCCUUUCCAAGUUCGUCAAAAGCAGAUGGGAUUUGCUAACAUGUCUGCAGUGCCCCAGCAAUUUGUGAUGACACCUCGGAUAACAGCUAUCUGGCCAACACAUGGGUCUGCUUGUGGCGGGACAAUACUCACAGUGAGGGGACUAGCUCUCAAGUCUAGGAAUAGGUCAGUUCAUGUUGACCUUUCAGGGCCUUUUACUUGUGUGAUUUUGAGCUUGUGGGACCAGACAAUCCUGUGCCAGAUUAACAGAGUGGGCGACCCCUUGCCUGAUGCUUCCUUCACCCUGAACAUCACAGUCCUGGUCAAUGGGCUACCCAGUGAGUGUCAGGGCAAUUGCACUUUUUUCUUUCAGGAAGAGACAACUCCCUUUGUGGAUGCCUUGACCACUAACAUCAGUGGGUCUCUGACCAUGGUGCUGAUUAUGGGUCAGAAGUUGGGCAUCACAGCAGAUGAACCAAUGGUGUUUGUGGAUAAUCACCUUCCUUGCGUUGUUACUUUCUUUAAUGCAAGCCAUGUUUCAUGCUGGAUAAGUGACUUGACCCCAGGACUCCACUAUGUAUCCGUUGUUCAUACAAGAAAUGGAUAUGCUUGUUUUGGUAAUGUUUCCAGACACUUCUACAUUUUGCCUCAAGUGUUUCAUUAUUUCCCUAAGAAUUUCAGCAUACAUGGUGGAAGCCUCUUGACCAUGAAGGGCACAGCUCUGAGAGGAGAGAACAGCACUCUAGUCUACAUUGGCCAGCAGGCCUGCCUGACAGUGAGCAUCAGCACCAAGCUCAUCCAGUGUGUUGUUCCUGCGGGAAAUGGCUCUGUUGCCCUGGUCAUAGAGGUAGAUGGACUUUCAUACCAGAUGGGAGUCAUUGGUUACAGCAAUGCCUUCACCCCAGAAUUGCUCUCUAUGUCUCAGGCUGAUGACAUCUUAACCUUUGUGGUGGCCCAGAUCUCAGGAGCAGCAAAUGUUGACAUUUUUAUUGGGAUGUCACCCUGUGUGGGUGUCUCUGGCAACCGCACAGUUCUCCAGUGUGUGGUCACAUCCCUUCCUGCUGGGAAGUACCCAGUCAGAGGUUACGACCGCUCAAGAGGGUGGGCCUCAUCUGUCCUGGUGUUCACAUCUACAGUCACUAUUUUGGCAGUAACUGAGAACUUUGGCUGCCUGGGUGGAAGCCUUGUGCAUGUGUUUGGAGCAGGAUUUUCUCCAGGGAACAUCUCAGCUGCUGUGUGUGGUGCUCCCUGCCAAGUCUUGGCUAAUGCUACAGUGUCAGCCUUUAGCUGCUUGGUUCUGCCCCUGGAUGUGUCCUUGGCUUUCCUGUGUGGCCUGAAGCACGAGGAAGAGAGCUGUGAAGCCUCUAGCUGCACCUAUGUGCAGUGUGAUUUGACUGUCACCGUGGGGACAGAGAGACUGCCCCAAUCAUGGCCUUACCUGUACGUUUGUGAAGAAGGUCCCCAAUGCCUCUUGGCACCAGAUCAUUGGACAGAGUCAACGUUUCCAUGGUUCUCAGGCCUCUUCAUCAGCCCUAAAGUGGAAAGAGAUGAAGUUCUCAUCUAUAAUAGCUCCUGUAACAUUACCAUGGAAACUGAGGCAAAGAUGGAGUGUGAGACGCCUAAUCAGCCAAUUACCGCCAAGAUUACUGAGAUACGGAAAAGCCGGGGCCAGAACACUCAGGGCAACUUUUCCUUUCAGUUCUGCCUGAGAUGGUCAAGGGCUUACAGUUGGUUUCCUGAGAGAGUGCCACAAGAUGGCGACAAUGUCACAGUGGAGAAUGGCCAAUUGCUACUGCUUGACACCAACACAAGCAUCCUCAGCUUCCUGCACGUUAAAGGAGGCAAGCUGAUUUUCAUGGAUCCAGGACCCAUUGAGCUCAGGGUACACUCCAUCCUCAUUUCUGAUGGUGGGGAGCUCCGGAUUGGAUCCAAGGACAAGCCCUUCCAAGGCAAAGCUGAGAUCAAACUCUACGGGAGUUCUCACUCUACCCCUUUCUUUCCAUAUGGUGUCAAGUUCCUGGCUGUGAGGAGUGGAACACUUUCCCUGCAUGGUUCACUACCAGAAGUAACUGUCACCCAUCUUCGAGCAGCUGCCUAUGCCAGUGACAAAGUGUUGGCUCUGGAAGAUGCUGUGGACUGGCACUCUGGGGAUGAAGUUGUUAUCAUCAGUGGAAUAGGUGUCAAAGGUGCAAAACCCAUUGAAGAGAUGGUCAUUGUGGACACUGUGCACACUACAGACCUCUAUCUGAGAUCACCGUUGAGAUAUUCUCACAACUUCACAGAGAGUUGGGUGGCUGGAGGACGCCAUAUUUUAAAGGUCACAGUGGCGCUGCUCAGCAGGAGUGUUACCAUACGAGGAAAUCUCACUACUGAGAGGAUGAAGCACCUUGCUUCAUGCCAGGAGGCCAGUGGUUCAGAAGGUAAUUUACAAGACUGUUUAUAUUCCAAGAGUGAGAAGAUGCUGGGAUCCAGGGAUCUGGGGGCCAGAGUCAUUGUUCAGUCUUUCCCAGAGGAGCCCAGUCGGGUCCAGUUGAAGGGAGUGCAGUUCCGGGAUUUGGGGCAAGCCUUCCAACGGCAACUGAGCUCACUGACUCUGGUGGGAGCUCUGAGAGAUUCCUAUAUCCAGGGCUGCACAGUGUGGAGCUCUUUCAGUAGAGGCCUCAGCAUGUCAAGGACCUUGGGCCUGAAGGUGGACAGUAAUACAUUCUACAAUAUUUUAGGCCAUGCCCUGCUUGUGGGUACAGACAUGGACAGAAGAUAUACCUCUUGGGAGGCUACUUCUGAAAGAAAAAUUGCCUGGCCAGUACAGGGAAAUAUAAUAAGAAACAAUGUGAUCAUCAGUGUUUCUGGCACCGAAGGACUCUCCAGUCCUGAAAUGUUGACGCCAUCUGGUAUCUAUAUUCGCAAUCCCACCAACGUUGUCGAGGGAAACAGGGUGUAUGUUGCUGGUUUGGGCUACUUUUUUCAUCUUGUGACCAGCCAGGCAUCACAAUCUCCACUUCUCUCCUUCAGUCAGAAUAUUGCACAUUCUUGUACAAGGUGUGGCCUCUUUGUAUACCCUCAAUUUCAGCCACCUUGGGAUAAUGGCAAGGGCCUCACCGUGUUCCAAAACUUCACGGUUUGGGGAAGUGCAGGUGGUGCCCAGAUUUUUAGAAGUAGCAAUCUUCACCUGAAAAACUUCCAAGUUUAUUCAUGCAGAGAUUUUGGAAUUGACAUCUUGGAAAGUGAUGCAAAUACUUCAGUUACUGACAGCUUAUUACUUGGUCAUUUUGCCCACAAGGAAAGCCAGUGUAUGUCAGCUGGGAUCAAAACUCCCAAGAGAUGGGAACUGAUAAUAUCUAACACAACCUUUGUUAAUUUUGAUCUCACUGACUGUGUGUCCAUCAGGACCUGUUCUGGCUGUUCCCAAGGACAAGGUGGAUUUCCUGUGAAGACCGACCAGUUGAAAUUUAUAAACUCUCCAAAUUUAGUAGCAUUUCCAUUUCCUUAUUCAGCAAUUUUGGAAGACAUGGAUGGGUCUCUGUCUGGGAGAAAUAGAAGUCAUAUUCUUGCUUCUAUGGAAACCCUUCCAGCUUCUUGUUUGGUCAACGCAAGCUUCAGUCAGAUUGUUCAUGGCAGUGUCUGUGGGGAAGAUGUUCACUUUCAUCGUAUGUCUAUUGGUUUAGCUAAUGCUCCAGAUGUUCCUUAUGAUUUAAUCAUGACUGACAGCAGAAAUAAGACAACCAUAGUCAAUUAUGUACAUGACACAUUGUCUAACCCUUAUGGCUGGAUGGCUCUGCUCUUGGAUCAAGAGACUUACUCAGUGCAGUUUGAGAACCCUUGGAUCAACAGAUCUCUGCAGUACUCAGCAACGUUUGACAACUUUGAGCCUGGGAAUUACCUCCUGCUCGUGCACACAGUCUCGUGGCCUUACCCUGACAUCCUCAUAAGGUGUGGGAGUCGGGUAGGGCAGUCCCUUCCAUCUCUGCCAUCACCUGGUCAGGACCAAGGUUGUGACUGGUUCUUCAAUACCCAGUUGAGGCAACUCACCUAUCUGGUUUCAGGUGAAGGCCAAGUCCAAGUGACUCUCCAGGUGAAGGAAGGUGUGCCCCCUACUAUUUCAGCUUCUACCUCUGCACCUAAGUCAGCUUUAAAAUGGUCCUUUCCUGAAGCAUGGAUAGGCCUUGAAGAAGGCUGGGGAGGACACAACCAUACCAUUCCAGGUCCUGGGGAUGACGUCCUGAUUUUACCCAACAGGACUGUCCUUGUGGAUAUGAAUCUUCCAUUCCUCAAAGGCCUCUAUGUGAUGGGGACUUUAGAAUUCCCUGUGGACAGAAGCAAUGUUCUGAGUGUGGCAUGCAUGGUCAUUGUAGGCGGGGAGCUGAAAGUUGGUACUUUGGAAAAUCCCUUAGGAAAAGAGCAAAAGCUUCUGAUUCUCCUUAGGGCCUCAGAAGGAGUUUUCUGUGACCGUUUCAACGGAAUUCAUGUUGAUCCAGGAACAAUUGGGGUAUAUGGGAAAGUCCAACUUCAUGGUGCUUGUCCUAAGAAAUCCUGGACCCGUCUUGCAGCUGACAUCGCCCCAGGCAACGAGAGAAUUAUAGUUGAGGACACAGUGGAUUGGCAACCCCAUGACAAAAUCAUCCUUAGCUCCUCUUCUUAUGAGCCUCACGAAGCAGAAGUCCUCACUGUGAAAGAAGUCAAGGCUCACCAUAUUAGGAUCUAUGAACGGCUCAAACACCGACACAUUGGAAGCGUCCAUGUCAUGGAGGAUGGCCGAUACAUUCGUUUGGCUGCAGAGGUUGGACUUUUGACCCGAAAUAUACAAAUCCAGCCUGAUUCAUCAUGCAGGGCGAGACUACUUGUGGGGUCCUUUAGAAAGUCCAACAGUGAAGAAUUUUCAGGUGUUCUUCAACUUUCAAAUGUGGAAAUUCAGAACUUUGGGUCGCCAUUGUAUUCAUCCAUUGAACUUACUAAUGCAUCAGAAGGAUCCUGGAUAAUUUCUUCUACUCUGCACCAAAGCUGUGGUGGGGGCAUUCGUGCUGCAGCCAGCCAUGGGAUCGUUCUAAAUGACAAUGUAGUGUUUGGCACAGUUGGCCAUGGCAUGGAUUUGGAGGGUCAGAACUUCUCUCUCUCUAAUAACCUAUUGGUUCUGAUGACACAGUCAUCAUGGUCCACUGUUUGGGUGGCAGGAAUCAAAGUGAACCAGGCAAAGAACAUCAACCUCUUUGGCAAUGUCGUGGCAGGAUCAGAAAGACUGGGCUUUCAUAUCCGAGGGUACAGGUGUUCCUCUCCUGAAGCUCGUUGGUCUGACAACGUGGCCCACUCAAGCCUCCAUGGCCUUCAUCUCUAUAAGGAAAAUGGACUAGACAACUGUACCGGUAUUUCUGGCUUCUUAGCUUUUAAGAACUUUGACUACGGUGCCAUGCUACAUGUGGAAAACAGUGUGGAGAUAGAGAACAUCACUCUGGUAGAUAAUGCUAUUGGUCUUUUGGCAACAGUAUACAUGUCUUAUGCUCCUCAGAGGCACAUUGAAAAUUUACAGAUUGUACUUAGGAAUUCAGUCAUUGUGGCCACUAGCUCUUCUUUUGAUUGCAUUCAGGACAGAGUCAAACCUCGCGCUGCCAAUGUGACUUCAACAGAUCGAGCUCCUUCCAAUCCAAGAGGAGGUCGAGUUGGGAUUUUAUGGCCUGUAUUCACCUCAGAACCAAAUCAGUGGCCUCAGGAGCCCUGGCACAGAGUCAGGAAUGACCAUUCAAUUUCAGGAAUUAUGAAAAUUCAAGAUGUCACCUUUUCUAGUUUUGUGAAGAGUUGCUAUAAUGAUGACCUAGAUGUCUGCAUCCUGCCCAAUGUAGAGAACACUGGAAUCGUGCAUCCUAUUACAGCAGAGAGGACCAGAAUGCUAAAUAUCAAAGAUAAUAACAAGUUCUACUUUCCUCCUUUGCAGACCAGGAAAAGUUUAGGAAUACUGGUCUGCCCUGAAUCAGAUUGUGAAGAUCCAAGAAAAUAUCUCUUUAAGGAUCUGGAUGGGAGAGCCCUAGGUCUGCCACCACCAGUUUCUGUAUUCCCUAAAACGGAAGCAGAAUGGACUGGAUCCUUCUUCAACACAGGUACAUUUAGAGAAGAACAGAAAUGCACAUACCAACCCUUCAUACAAGGCUACAUCUGCAAACAAACUGACCAGGUGAUCUUAAUUCUUGACAAUGCUGAUGCCACUUGGACAAUGCAGAAGUUAUAUCCAGUUGUAUCUGUUACUAAUGGUUUUGUUGACACCUUUAGUAGUGUAAAUGCCAAUACCCCUUGUUCUACUUUAGGGUCUGUAUCUAGUUUCUAUUCCAUUUUACCCAUCAGGGAAAUCACCAAGGUGUGCUUUGUGGAUCAGACUCCCCAAGUUUUGCGUUUUCUUCUGUCGGGGAACAAAAAUACCUCCAAGCUUCUCUUAGCUAUAUUCUACCAUGAACUCCAGAGCCCCCGUGUUUUCAUAGGGAAAAGUUUCAUUCCACCUGUUCUGGUUCAAUCAACUUCCUCAUUGCUGGAUGAGUCUUCUGGUUCCAACUAUUUCAGCAUCUUGGAUAACCUCUUGUAUGUUGUCCUACAAGGACAAGAGCCUAUUGAAAUACGCUCAGGUGUUUCCAUUCAUUUGGCCUUCACUGUGAUAUUUCCAGUCCUAGAAAAAGGCUGGGAAAUCCUCAUCCUUGAAAGACUAACUAACUUCUUGCAAGUUAGCCAAAACCAAAUCAGAUUUAUUCAUGAGAUGCCUGGCAGUGAAGCAACCUUAAAGGCCAUUGCUGACAAUAAAGCAAAGAGAAAGCUCAAUUGCCCAACUGUGACUUGUGCCAGUCAUUACAGAGUUGGUCAACGUAGACCUCUCAUGAUGCAAACGAGCUCAUAUAGGAUCCCGCCACCAACUACUAUGGAAACCAUCUCAAAAGUAGUAGUCGUUGAAAUUGGUGACCUGGCAACAAUAAGGAGCACUGGACUGAUUUCAUCUUUAUCAAGUAAGAAAUUACAGAAUUUGGCUCACCAGAUUAUCACUGCUCAACAAACUGGAGUACUAGAGAAUGUUCUGAAUACAACUAUUGGUGCCUUACUGGUAACUCAGUCAAAGGGAAUCACUGGCUAUGGAAAUACAAGCAGUUUUAAAACUAGGAAUCUGAUAUACAUUCGGCCCCAUGCUCUCUCGGUUCUGGUCCAGCCUUCGGAUGGAGAAGUGGGAAAGGAACUUAGGGUACAACCACAGCUUGUUUUUCUGGAUAAGCAGAAUCAGAGAAUAGAGUCCUUGGGGCCUCCCUCAGAGCCUUGGGCCAUUUCUGUUUCCCUGGAAGGGACAUCAGAUUCAGUGCUGAAAGGGUGUACUCAGGCAGAAAGUCAAGAUGGUUAUGUGAGCUUCUCCAACUUGGCAGUUUUGAUCUCUGGGUCAAAUUGGCACUUUAUUUUUACUGUCACUUCCCCUCCAGGGGCCAAUUUUACAGCUCGAUCAAAGUCAUUCGUUGUCUCACCUGCAACCAUGUCAGAGAAGUCAACCAUCAUCUUGGCUGUUUCCCUGUGCUCAGUGGCCUCAUGGCUGGCUCUAUGCUGUCUGGUGUGCUGUUGGUUUAAGAAAAGCAAAAGCAGAAAAAUAAAAAGUGGAGAUAUUUCUGAAUUCCAGACUAAUGGUCAAAAGAAUCACAUCCACAUCUCAUCCAAACGCCAAGGAUCACAUGUAGAGACUGAAAAGGAAGACGCCAUGAUGGGAGAAGACAAGAAGAUGAAGGUGAUGGUGGACAAACUGAACCAGCUCCCCCACCAGUCACUGAAUGGAGUGUCCAGAAGGAAGGUCGGCCACCGUGCUGUCCAGAAGGAGGUUGGCCGCCAAGAAGAGGCUGUUGCUCCUGCUCUUGGUCUUACCAGCGUCCCAUCCCAGGGGCACACGUGUGCUCCAGGCUCUUUUGCUCAGCAGGUAUACCUGCAGGAGACUGGGAACUGAAGGGAGGCCCAAGAACAGUUGGUCAGAUACCAGCUGGCAGGCCAAGAUCAGCAGUUACUGCUCUGCCCAGACUUCAGACAAGAGAGGCAGCAAUUGCAGGGGCAGAGCCAACUGGGCAAGGAAAGAGGCAGUGUGGGGCUUUCUCAAGAGAAGAAAGACUCUUGUGGUGCUACCCAGGCAUUCUCUCUUCAUUCAGUUCACCCAGAAACUAUUCAGGAACAGCUGUGAUAGGUGCAUGAUAAUUCAUGUUCUUAGGGGCUUUGUUGAGAGUUUAAUUAAGGGCAAAGAUAUAAAAACAAUCUGGGGAAGGGAAUUGUCCAUGGACCAAAGUUAUAUAUAUAUUUUAAGUAGUUCUUUCUGUUAGUAGCUGGGUCAAAUUUACAACAGAAUAAAACUAUUUGGGGAGACCAGAGAUAACCAAGUGCCCAAGCAGAUUAUUAGUGAACUCAUUUUUCAGAGCACUGAUUUUUGGAGAAGAUAAUGUGUACAGCUGCCCAAUGAAGGAGGGAAGACCUUGUGUCAUGGCAGCCUCUCUAGACUGUGUUCUAAGGGUUCUAAUUAAGGCCAGAGUGGAAGGUCAACUCAUACCAAGUUGGGGAAGGAUGCUAAAGGCAAUUUCACCUAAUUCAUACAUUCACAGAGGGCUCAUCAGUGUUCAAACAAAAGGACACUUUAGGCAGCCUGAUUGUGUCCUUGGCUCUGGAUCCAGAAGGAUUUAUGCUCCAAGAGAGUAAUGCAAAGAUAGCUGAGGUGAGAAGAAUUUCCAGAAACAACCUGUUCUCAGCUGUUCCCAAAAUAUAAACCAGGAUUUUCUAAUCUCUGAAAGAUUCAGAGGCCUUCUUAUGUUUUAAUUAGAACAGAGGAAGGAAACAUACUCUUCUAUUGCAGAAUUUUCAAUAAUGAUGCUCUGUAACUAAUCCCAUAGUGGGUACUGGCAGAAAGUCAUCAUCUCCAAGGCAUCAAUGGGAAAAUAUCUUUGUACCAUGAGGAACAUUCUCAGCCUUUUGUCUACUCUUUAGAUGUAUUAUAGAGAUUUCAAGACUUAAAGCUGCUCAGAAAAGAAGAUGACACUGUAUUAGAUUCUGAGGGAGAAACAAUUAGGUAUCAAGAUUGAUGUUCAUCAAGAAACUGGAAUCCAAGUAAUCUGUGUUUAAGAAGGGCAUUGGUGGGAAAUCUGGUCUAUAGAAAGUUACUCUGGAGGCAUAAACUGUCUUUCUGCAGGGUAAGUCCUUUUUGUGUUUUGUUUGGGCACUAAUAGUGUUCAAAAACAUUACAAAGAAAUAACUUGAUGGACUUAGACAGACUAUGCCUCCUCCAGUUUAAUUAGUCCCGGCUAUAACCUUUUUUGUAGCUUCCUGAUCUCUGAGGUUACUCCUAUUUGCAUUCUUUGGUAGAUACAUGGAGUUGUCGGAGAUCUGUAAUAUUUUGUACAAAAACAAUUCAGAAGUUAAGACUUUUGAGAAUUUUAAAAUGAUAUUCUUAGCACUACUGCUUUGGGUUUGUCUACACAUUCUCCCUUUCAUUCCAGUGACUUCUUUUAUCACCACAAAUUCCAGCCCAAAUUUAUUUCCUGAGCUCUAUAACAUAUAGUUAGCUGCCUACUGAGAACUCCCACUAGGUUAUCCCACAGACACUGAGAAGUUAAGAUGGCCUUAAAACAUACUCCUUCUUUUCAUGCCUGCCCUAAUGCAAUACACAGCAUCAUUGCACUCAGACUAGAUAUCUGGAAGUCAACCAGGACUCCUUGUUCUAUCUCAUCCUUCUCAGUCAGCUACCACUGGUUAUUUCUACUCCUUUACCCACCUCCCAACCUUUACUAGCUUCUUACCAAUCAUCCAUGUGCCAAAAGAUUAAUCUUUCUGGAAAGCAAGUGUGAUCCUAUCCCUCCGUUUAGGAAUAACCAUAAUUAAUCUAUCAAAGCUCCCUUAGCCAUGCUUGGAAUCCCUCAGGCCAAAAUGGACUCUUUGGGCCAGAACAGUGGCCAGAAAUAUCCAGAGUAACUAGCAGGGCUCUAGCAUAUGGCAUGGAAUCUUAGAGUCUAGUUAUAAUCCUUUAACCCAUAAUUAAGCUAGUCCUCUUUUUCUCCUCAGAAAACGGGACAAUUAGCUCUUGGUUCAUUUAUGUCUGGAGAUGAGCUAGUUACAUAAAGCACCACUAUUGGCCAAACCUAAACUUAUUCAGACCAUUAACAUGGCUAGUUCAAAAAAUAUUUCCCGGCAGCAACAACCUUACUCUUUACUGAAAUAAAUAAUUGAAAAGUAUCAUGUUCCUCUGUUAUUUCAAAGAAUCUCUUCUUGCUUCCCAUUUCUGAUUUUUUAUAUAUGGUGGCUUCUUUUCCCCCAAGAUAGUGAACAAAUUAAAAUUCUAAAGAGUUCAAAAAUAUUUGCAAAUAUUUCUGGAUAUUAAAACUGAGAGGGAAGGAUAAUGAGAGAUAAGGUAGUUUCCACAAUCUGUGAAGUUUUAGGGAUUGUGUUCAGAGAAGGUACCAGAGACAGAAUUUCAUGUCUCUCAGAGUGACAGGCUGAGCCAGUUUGACCACAAUUGUAUCUUGCAGCAGAUUUGUCCAUAUUGUUGCCCAGUGAGGCUACUGAGAACCAAAAGGCCCAGACCUUUCAAAGAUUAGUUAAUAGCUCCCUUCCAUCUCACAGUCUAAGUCUAAAUGUAUGAAAUUACUAUACAUUGCAAUGUAUGCAAACUGUAUGCAAAAAUGAGUAUGGGGAAAUUGAAUGUAAAUCACAUGCAAAUAUUAUUCAUACAAGCUUCUAUAAAACCGUACAUGUCAAUAACAGUAAAGGAUUUUAAUUAAUUCUGUCAUUUAAAAUUCAUGCAUUUAUUCCAUAUUUUGUUUCCAGGAUUUAUAAUGUAUUCAGUGUCAAUUUUGAAGGAGCUAUAAGCAGAAGGAAUUACUCUACUGAGUGUAGAACACAGCUGAUUUCAACCUAUGUGAUAGCACUCUGAUUAACUGCAGAUAUAUUUGAGAGAUGAAUCACAUUUCCUGAAUGUAAUCUUUUAAAAGGGAUAAAUCACUUUUAUAAAAUUAAAUGAAGUCUAAUUGGUAGAAUAUGGAGAUUUGCGUGUUUACAAAUAUUCUUCUAACAUUUGUUAUAUUUAUACAUGAAAAAAAACCAGGGUUCUCUUUGCUUAGAACAACUCAAGAAGAGACCAUCAAUCUGGUCUCUUUUGAGACAGAAGAUUCAUUUAAUGCAUUUGGAAGACUUUCUAGAAUUUACUGGGUUUUGAAGAAUCAUUUUUCUCUUUUAUUUCAGUAUCAAAAUGAUCAUUAAUUUAUUAUCACCAUAUAUUUUAUUUCAAUAUUAGUAGUUGUAACAAGGGGAAAGAGACUCAAUCUCCUUUUGAAAAAUGUGGGAAAUGGCCACUUGUCUCUACAUUGCAUAGAUGAAGGAACAGUCAUUUCUAAACUCUUGCAAUGGUCCAGGCAAAGUUGGAAAUUUGUUUGGACUGUAUCUGAUUUUAAGAUUUCCUCAACUUUAAUGGCACAUCCGUCCAGUAGAAUAAUGUAGAAAAUUAUUCAAGCUAUACUAUUAGGGUAAAAAAAAACAUAAAAUUGCAAAAUAAUGUGUUUAUUAUGCUUUUACCUCUAGUUUGUUAAUGUAUAGAAAAAUUAUGGAAAGGAAACCAAUAAAUUUUUGAAAAAAAAAAUAGUUACCUUUAGGGAAUGGAGCAGUAAUAUGGGUAGAUUUUCACCUCAAAUUUUUUAUCUUUUGGUAUUUCAAUGUUUUUAUAGGACCCAUUACUACCAAAACAAAUUUUUAAAAAUAUUUUCUGCAACUUAUGAUUGAUUAGAGGCUAGAAAUCUCUUUAAUUUUCAUCCAAGAGUAGAACUUGCUGAUAUAAAAUGCAUUUAGUUCUGGAUGGAGGACUUACAUAUAUAUAGGCGAAGAUAAAGAGGGUAGAGAGUGUAAGAUGAAUGGACCAGAAAGAGAGGCCAGAGAGGAAUGAAAGGAAAAGGUAAAGUCUCCAGCUUGGGAAAGGAAUGUUUCUUGA